GCACGCGCGCUCUGCUCCCUCUGCCUCUCCCCCUCUUCGGUCUGUCUUCCUCCCGCCCUCCCUCUUUCGCUUCAGUGUGUCGCUGACCCCGCAACCCCCUCCCCGGCAGCGGCAGCUCAGCUUGCGGGUCCGCCUCCUUCACAGGCGCUGCCCAAGCUCCCGCUGCCCUGAACCAGACCCGACAUCCCCGCGUCCUGCCUGCCGAGCUGCCCGUGUCCAGCUACCUGGUCUGAGCAUCAGGUCCCAGUGCAAAAAGGCCUCAGUUUCUCCCGGGCCAGCGGCCGAAGAGCAGGACCACCCCCCCCCCACACACACAACCUCGAGCUGAAAUAGUUACAGAUCGGCUAGUGGGCAGAAGACAGCUCACUGUGAUUCACCUCAAGGUGACAGUGGGGUCAGAAGCAGGGGCCGCACAGCAACUCACAUCUCGUCAGCAAGCACUACGAAGGGAAGGGCCCAGCCUCUGCCUCCCCACGGCUAUGGACUGACAACUGGUGCGUGCUGAGGGGCUCUCUCUCUCCAGAGCUGCAGAGAGUGUGGGUUCCACCAUGCUGGCACCAGGCAGUGGCCCAGAGCAGAGGAACAAACUUGCCUUGCAGUGGAGGCAGGUCUCCUGGAUCACCUGCUGGAUUGCCCUGUGUGCCGUGGAGGUGCUCCCUGCCUGCCCUUUCUCCUGCACCUGUGACAGCCGCACCUUGGAGGUGGACUGCAGUGGCCUGGGCCUCACCGCUGUGCCCCCAGAUGUGCCCGUCGCCACCCAAAGCCUUCUGCUCCUGAAUAAUAAACUGAGUGCCCUGCCAAGCUGGACUUUCGCUAACCUGUCCAACCUGCAGCGGCUGGACCUGUCCAACAACUUCCUGGACCAGCUACCUCGGUCCAUUUUCCAGGACCUGGUCAACCUGACAGAGCUGCAGCUGCGGAACAACAGCAUCAGGACCCUGGACAGGGAACUGCUCCAGCACGCCCCGCUGCUGCGCCACCUGGAUUUGUCUGUCAAUGGCUUGGCCCAGCUGCCCCAGGGCCUUUUUGACGGGCUCCUGGCUCUGCGGUCCUUGUCCCUUCGCUCCAACCGUUUGCAGAGCCUGGACCGGCUGACCUUUGAGCCCCUGGCGAGCCUACAGCUGCUUCAGGUUGGGGACAACCCAUGGGAGUGUGACUGUAACCUUCGAGAGUUCAAACACUGGCUGGAGUGGUUCUCCUACAGAGGGGGUCGCCUGGACCAACUUGCCUGCACCCUACCCAAGGAGCUACGGGGGAAGGACAUGCGUGCGGUCCCCAUGGAGAUGUUUAACUACUGUUCCCAGCUAGAGGAUGAGAACAACUCUGCUGGGAUGGAUGCUCCAGGGCCACCCUGCACUAAGGCCAGUCCAGAGCCUGCAAAACCUAAGCCUGGGGUGGAGCCUGAGCCCGAGCCCAGCACUGCUUGUCCUCAGAAGCAGAGGUACCGGCCAGUGAGUGUGCGGCGAGCCAUCGGCACCGUGAUCAUCGCGGGUGUCGUGUGUGGUAUUGUCUGCAUCAUGAUGGUGGUGGCUGCUGCUUACGGCUGCAUCUACGCCUCCCUCAUGGCCAAGUACCACCGGGAGCUCAAGAAGCGCCAGCCACUGAUGGGGGACCCCGAGGGUGAGCAUGAAGAUCAGAAACAGAUCUCUUCUGUGGCAUGAGAGCUGUCUGUCUGGCCCAGGUAGGACAGCAAGGAGACUCCUUGGGACUGCUACCAAAGGGCUGCCCUUCCCUCCAUCACAGGCCCUGCCUCAGCCUGAUACUGGUACUGCCUGCCUCAGCUCCCUGGCCCGCGUCUGCCCUUCAGUAGAGCAGCCUCCUGGUCUCUUUCCAAGUUUCUAGACACUUCCCCUGGCCAAAGGUUCCCGGGGAAGGCCCUCUCUGGGCCCCUGGUCUUUGGGACACCUGAGUGUCCGUGUAGGUUUCCGGCCACAGGGAAAGAAACCUACACCGGCCCCACGCUCUGCACAGAGCACGUCCUUCCUGCCCAGGGCCAGCACAGCUGGUGACCCUCCUUACCUCUUGCUCAUUCCCACUUCAGUCUGCAUUAGGGCCUGAGAGGGAGGGACAGGGGAGCCAGAGGUAGAUUUCUGUGACUCCUUUUGGAGACAGAAAGAUAUUCUUAGGUCCUUGCAGUGUGAAGCUUGUCCGGCUCGCAGCAGCUGGUGCCAACGUGCAAACACCCCCCAGCCCUGUGAUCUGGGUCCAGUGCUUAGAAAAACCAAAGUGACUAUAAUGUCUUCCUUGGGUGGAUGCCAUUCUGUCCCUUUAUCUGCUAUAGACUCCUCUGACUAUGUUCUUCGGGUUUAUUAAUUUUAUAUUUUUGUUUUAGUGUAGGGUUUUGAGACAGGGUCUUACUCUAUACAUUAGUUCACUGUCACAUACAGGGCUGUCACAGUCCCAUGGAUCAAAAUCACACACAUGCACAGUCACAUUCACAGACAUACACACACAAACACACACAAAGAUACACACACAGAGGCACACACAUAGGCACACAUACAACAGACACACAGACACACAGAUACACACACAGAUACACACAGAUACACAGAUACACACACAGAGACACACACAUAGGCACACAUACAACAGACACACAGAUACACACAGAUACACACACAGAUACACACAGAUACACACACAGAGACACACACAGACACACACACCAGGUGGGAAAGGAGGCCAUAAGGACUUGAGGCCGAGGCCUGCUGUCCCUUCAGCCUGGAGGCCAUAGUCUCUCUUUCUUCUUGACUACAGUCUUCCUAUGUCAUCAGGGGUUAGGUCCUGGACAACAACACAGGGAUCCUUUAGAAAGUGGGCCAAAGCGUGCUGCUGGAAGAAUUGCCUAUUGCCAUGGAAACCUUAGCACCUCUCCUGCUAGGUUUACCAGGGACACAGGAGUUGUGCGUGUACGCAGGACAAGUUCCAGGCUUCUGAGAGUUCAGCUGCAGACCCCUGGGUGUGCCUAGGAACCUCCAUCCUGCCAGGUCCCGGGCACCCUGAGCAGUUUCCACUCCUGCAGCCUGCAACCUUACUUCUGUUCCUCUGCUUCUCCUGCCCCUGCUGUCAUCUGCAUCUUUUGUUUGUGACCUCCAGGCUGGGUUUGGGCUAUGCUCUGAGAUGGGUGGUUCACCUUAAGGAGAGCAGACAUCAGGCAGUGGGGCUCACCGAGGCUGGCUGCCUUCAACACAUUCCCAACAGACUGCAGGGACAGGAACAGGAUGGCUACAUUCUGUUCAGAGUCCUCAGUGGGGGGGGACCUCCUUUCCCAGAGGCUCAUAGGCUCUGCCUGGUUUCCUGGGAGCGUGCAGUUGCACCUGGGCUGGCCAAGCUAAAAAGGGGCUGCGGUCCUAUCUGGGAUGGAGACUCUUGCCCCCGGGGCUGUGCACAUUUUCAGGGUUGCUGUCCUCUCUGUUCUCAGCUGUCCCCUCCUUAGAGACUGGUAUCCCUCUGCCCGAAGAUGCUAGGCUGAGACCUUGCCUUGAGCAUGGCCUUGUUGGUAGCCAGAAAGAGACCAGCUAGACACAGGUACUAAGGAUGUGUCCAUGGGGGCGUCGGGACAACCUGGCAUCCUUCUCCUUUUCUUCUACCACCUACUCUACUAGCAGGGGCGUGCACCAGGAGUCUCAGGACAGCUUUCAAGGUUGUUCUCUGGCUGACAGACAGAGGGCACAGGAUCCUCUAGGCCCGGCCACCGUCUUCCUUCCUCUUUUGGCUGGUGGGCCAAUCCCAGAGCUGGGAUUUUCUAAGGGCCUGGGGGAGGGAGGGUGUUGUCAGUGGUGAUAUCUUUAGCCUGAGACAGAAGAUUUUUAAAGGCAAAAUUAUAUUUCUGGUUUGUUGUUUCAGAAGACCAAUAAAGACUAUUUUCCUAUG